GUCUUGGAAUGCGGAUGAGAGAUACUCGCAAGAUCCUAAGGAUAGUAAGAGUAGUGUAAAAGAUGGACAGUAUGGAUCGGUGAGAAGACGGAGAGGGAAACAGUUGGAGUUACCUGAUGGAUAACUUAGUUUUUAUGGCCUUCUGGUGACUCAUCUGGAGUAAUGCUGGGAUCUCAAUAUUCUCCAGAUAGGAAUGAAUAAUGUGACCAUAUGUUCCUGUGCCUUAAAACUCCGAAACCCAAUUUUUCAAAGGCGCUUGGAAUAAGAAGUGCGUUACAUAUGGGGCGCAAAAAGGCUUCCCGACAAGAUCAGUCAAGAAGUUCUAACUCACAGCGUUCCUCUCGUGAGAAUGAAAAGGAAGCACAUGCAAACGAAAAUUCAACAGUUUCUAGCGAAGUCAAUUCGCCUGAUUCCGAUGUUACAGACGGUCCCGAAACAAUUGACGUUCUUGGAAACGGUCUUAUUAUGAAAAAAACAUUGCAAAAGGGUCUUGGCCGAGAAACCCGUCCAAAUCAUGGGGAUUCUGUGUUGGUGAACUAUAAAUGCUGGUUGGAAGAUGGAACACUUGUUGAGGAGGCGGAAAAUGCUAACAUAGUUCUUGGUGACGGCGAUGUCAUACAUGCUUUUGACCUUGCCAUUCCGCUUGCCGAGCACAAAGAGGUGUUCGAGUUGGUGACAGAUUCUCGAUUUGCAUAUGGAUCCCGCGGACGAGACCCAGAUAUUCCUUCAGAAGCCAAAUUAACUUAUCGUAUCGAAGUUUUGAAGGUGGACGAUCCUCCUUGUUACGGUACUAUGUCCACUUCGGAAAGACUUGAGGCUGCUAACCGAAAGAAGGAUCGAGGAAAUUAUUAUUACAGGAGAGAAGAGUUCGCUUUCGCAAUUGAUAGUUAUAACAAAGCUUUGAAAAUUUUAACCCUGCCUCCUAUUCCCUCACAGUCUUCAAGUACCAAAGCUACAGAGACUGACUGUCCAUCAGAGCUUAUCAGUGACGCAAAAAUCAAGUUAGAGAAUAAUCUGGCAGCUGCUCAGUUAAAGGUCCAAGCGUAUGAUGCAGCUAUAAUGUCAUGCGAUGCUGUUUUACAAAGUGAUCCACAGAAUAUUAAAGCUCUAUUUAGGAAAGGAAAGGCACUUUUAGAAAUGAAUGAAGUGGACGAUGCAAUUCCUAUCCUUCAGAAAGUGUUAACCCUAGCCCCAGGUUCACAAAUGGCUAGUGUGGAGUUGGCACGUGCUCGAGCUAUACGUCAGAAAGAACGUGAGCAUUUAUCACGGUCAGUUAGUCGCCGAUUUCCAAAAGUUAAACAAAAUAAGACGCCCAAAUUGUCUACUAUGUCCAAAGUUAAACAGGCAGUGAGUUCUCGGUCUGUGAUUGUAACAAGUAUUGUGGCAGUGUUUUCCGUCUUUGUCGGUCUAGUUGUAUACAUAUAUCAACCUGUUCUUAUGGGUAUUAGUGCAUAAUAAUAAUAAGCACAAGCCCAGAAACAAUUUCUCCACUUGUAGUCUAUUGCAUUAUCAAACGAUGAAGAAGUGUACAUUAUGAAUUGAAGGUGUGUAUAAUAAAUAUAUCCUUAUUAUUUAAUUAAUAUUAUCAAAAAUAACUAACUGAUUUCAAGCACAAAAUUGUUUACUUUAAAACCUUACCUUUCUAUAUUCCUAUCUAUAUCUUUGUCAUUUAUUUCCUUUAGGUGAACAUUUAUUUGUUUGAGUUAAUGAUGAUGUUCUCUACUCCUGUUUUUUUUCCCUGCCUACCUUUUUGUUUAAACUUAUGGCCUUAUUAUUAGGGAAUAUGAACAUUUCAUCUCACCUUGUAUGUGUGUGUGCGUAGCAUAACUGUAUUCAAACAAGGAAACACAAACACAUCUAUGACACGUAUUGAGACAGAAUUUUUAUAUUACAAUAUAUAUAUAUAUAAUAUAUAAUAUAUAAUAUGGGUCUUUCUCCACUUUGUGUUUUCUUUCUUUUUUGGUUGUUGACAAAUGCAUAUAGUUUAACUAUUUCUUUCUCUUGUUUUAGUGGUUUAAUUACUGUAUUAUUCACAUAAUAUUUUAGCAUUGCAUGAUUUCAAUUUCUCUUUUUUCUUCCUGUUUGAUUUUGUUUGUUUGAAAUAAUACAUAUGGUUUUUAUCUUCAACAGAAUGAUUGUUUGCUCUCUCUCUCUCGCGCGCGCGAUAAUAAGUAAGUCGGUAGUAAAUUAGUGGGUGCGUCGGUGGCCCAGC